ACCUGCAGCCAUAUUGAUGUCUAAGCUGAUGAUUUACUUUGGAAUGUACUAAUCAAUUGGAAGAGUGGUGUUCUAUUCAACAUGGGACCCACUUAUCUAAUGGCUACACAUUUCUGUGGGCCUGGGUCACAGAUUGGUCACAUUAUCAGUUGUGUAAUCAGCCAGCCAGAGAGCAGUAUGACAAAACGUUGUGCAACGUUGAAUUCAAAGGAAAAGUACUGUACUGAACUACCAGUUGAAGAACAGUGUACCUCAAAGGUUGCUGAAGAGUGGUGUGGGAAACAUGUAAUUCAGUACAAACCGUCACACAACGUAGUAACCAUUGAAUUGAACUGAAUGCACCCCAGAGGUAUAUAACAAAUGGAAUCGAACUGAACAAAACGGGGAGGGGCCUACCUGAAUUUAUGCAAUAGGAACUUUAGUUUUUGUUGCUAAAUGUUUCCUCUACGAAAUUAAACGUUUUGCUCCGGUGUACACUAAUGAAUACAUGACCCCAGCACUCUUCCAAUUAAGGCAGAAAGGCUCUCACAGGGAAGUUCUACUGGGCUGGUAUCUCACUCCAUAGCUGCUGGGAGUUUCUAGUGUGGUGGCAUAUCAGAAGACUGCUAUGGCUCCUGGGCUCACUUUCAGGGCCUUCUGGAUUUGCUUUCUAUUGUUUGACGGUGCUAACUGUUUACCUGCCCAAAAAGGAAACCCUGUUCUGCGUGAAUAUCCUUUCAGUAACAUUGAGUCCAACAUUUAUGGAGAUGUGCCUGCCCCGUAUGGAGAUGCCUCCUGAAGUCUGGAGGCUUCCCACGGUCUGGUUCGGACUCUAGCUCUGCUGGCAUGAGCUACCAGUUCAGUGGAGAGAAACCAGCCCCCAGCUUUGUCUCUGUACAGAGAGAACCAGUUCCCCAAUCCCAGGAGCCUGGGCAGUACACCCAACUUGUGUCCACUCCAACUAAACCAAAACCUAUGCCAAGCGGAUUAAGCCUCACCAAGGGUGGAACUGUCCCAAACGAAUAUGAGCCAAGAGAAACCGUGAGGCAGGCUAACUACCCCAGUCACUCCAGCGUUUAUCACAAUCAUGUUUCUAGCCAUUCUGGAUCUGUCCAGACCGGAAACUCCACAGGGCACGAGCCCAAUGAGUUUCUCAGCUCCGUCCGACACUUUUGUUCAAGAGCCUGAAUAUGCUAGCACUGGUAAGGAUGUCCAACCUCCCUACAACCCUUUGCAUGAGAGGCCAGCACUGAGCAGCAUUGUCAAGGAUGUCAGUUUUGCAACCAUUCAUGAUUUAAAACAAUUUAUGAAGUCUGAGGAACAGCUUCCUUAAGCCAUAUAGACCUUUCCAAACAAUCUUUGACAACAAUGAACAAGUCCCUGGCAUUCAGCUGACUAGCCAAAUAUCCCAAACCGCCCGAUUGAUCAAAGGCUUGCCCAAAAUGGCUACAGUUCAGCCUGGGGUUUGAGAGAGCCAGUCCGUACUGGAUCCAACCAGAAUGAAUGGGUCACAACCACAAUCCUACAGCCCCAUGAGCCUCUCCAAAGCCCCAGUGCAAGGACAUCUGUCCCUGACCCUCUCUUCUAUACCCAAGAUCCAGAUUCUCACAGUGGUUAGUAUGGCCGUAAAUGCCCUGAUCCUGUACCCUGGUAUCAUUCUAACAAAGUCCCUGCAGGGGAAUCUGUUUCAAAUACCUAUGGAAGCCUUGCUAAUGCUGGCUCAACCUUUGGAAACGAUAGUGGUGCUACUUUUGCGGCCCAGACUGAACAAGUCCCUAAUGUCAAGAAGCCGUUCAAAGUGUCAAAAACUGGCUAUGCCCCUACUGUACAAAGGCCUUCCCCUUCCAGUUCUUCCUCUGGCCAGGAUGGACAAGUGGUGGCUACCAGAGUGCCCCAAGACUCAGCCACCCUCCCCUCGCCCAUUCAUCCCAUUCCCUUAUCCCCUGGGUAAUGGGAAGACUUCUCCAUCUGAAUUCUACAAAUCUGCACAAACUGGUCAUGUCCCUAUUGUGCAGAAAACUUCCCUGUCUAGACAUUUCUCUGUUCAAGGCUCUCCUAGCAGUAGUGACUAUGUAAGUACCUCAAAAGUUAAUCCAGCUAUCCAAUUUCCCAAGCCCACAAGCUACCAGCCAGGCCCCAGGAAGAUGUCUCCAUCCGUCUCCGAGCAGCGCCAGCAAAUCCCCAUUGAACAAGAAACCAAAAAUGUAGCCUACAAACCAAGUAGUUUUCAUAAUGCCGACUCUAGCUUUGGAAGCUAUGCAGCUGUCUCUAUCAGUUAUAAUGCUCAGGGUGAACAAGUCCCCAAUGUCCAGUGGUCAAGCAAAGCAUCCCAUACUAGCUAUGCCCCUAAUGUACAGAAACCUUCCCACUCUUGCACUGGACAAGGUGGUCCUUACAAAACUGGUAGCUAUGUGACCAAAGAUCAGCCCCCCUGGCCAAUCAAUCUUAUUUCCCAAGUCAACAAAUUACCAGUCCUCUGGUCAUUCAGUUUCUGAGCAGCAGAACAAAGUUAAUCGGACUCAGAAGCCCAAAGACAUGACAUCCAGACCCGGGGUCCAGCUUCCUACACCCAAUGGCUUUGGAAACUAUGUAGGUGACUCUAGCAGUUUGGAUGCCCCUAAUGACAUAGUCCCCAAUGCCCAGCAGCCAAACAAAGUGUCACAAACUAGCUAUGUCUCCAGUGUACCAAGACCUGCCCCCUCCAGCUCUUCUGGCCUAGAUAGACGAGGCUUCUCUAGUCAAUCCAUCUUAUUUCCCAAGCCUACUAGCAACCAGCCCUUGGCUCAAGGGAAGACAUUUCCUGUCUCUGAGCAACAAGUGAAAGUCUCCAUCAGCAAGAAGCCCAAACAUGUGACCUGCGGAACAAGUGUCCAGCACCCUGUAUCCAGUGGCUAUGACUCUACCCAGACUGGAGGUUUUCCUCAGAGCAGUGGAAGCUAUGUGAACACUCAGAGAAUCAGCCCACCCACCAUCCCAUCUAAAGGGAAAACAGUCCCAAACAUUGUCUCAGAGCAACAUGUCAAAGUCCCUGUUAAACAAGGGGCAAAAGAUGUGGCUUACAAACCCUGUGGCUUUGGAAAUUACAUGAAUUAUGUUGACUCCUCUUUUGGAGCUAAUAAAGUUGACUCCAGCAGUUUUGAUUUACAUGAAGAACAAGCUGCCCAAAUCCAUCAGCCCAGCAAAGUAUCACAAACUGGCCAUAUCCCUCUUCGUACGAAUAUUGGUAAAGGCCAUAUGAGUGCCUCAGGAGUGUUCUGGUCAAGAGAAGAUAUCCCUUUCUGGUUCUGAGCUGCAGCCUGUAUCCAGUGGUUCUGAUUCCAGACAGCGGUGGUUCUCCUGAGAGCAGUACACAGAGAAUCGGCCCAUCUACAGACUUCUAUAUGCUCACUUCUCCUCAGCCUGCUAUGUCUGUUAGUCCCACAACAGCUAUGAGAGAGGCAAGGUGGUCUUCUCCAAAACCCACUACACUGGAUACAUUUAUUUUGCUAAACCCUCCACUAGCAGUGUUGGCUCAGAGUAGCAGUAGAUCCAGUAGACCUGUCCCUAAACAACCUCGCUACUGCCAAAGAAUCUAAUCCCAUGGUGUGAAGAUUCAUCAGAGGUUCCAUGUGUCAUGGCCUGAAUCCCUGCUGUUCUGCAAAGAUGAAUAAAAUUGAUUCAACUUAAUAUUUUCUCUUCAGUCUUUCAUGUACUGUAACUUGACA